AUGCAACCGUCAAAAAUUCCGUCGCUGCCUUAUUACCCAAAAAUUGUGCGACAACAUCCAACAGGAGAUCCUCCAUCGAACAACGGUGCUAAGACUUCUCGUCUUUAUUUUACAUCGGUAUCAAGGAUUUCCACUAACGGACAACAAAAUCGAAUAUACCCGAAAAUCGAAGAUACAUGUAUAAAAAUGGGCAAGUCACAACAUGCGAAAAUUGGUGAUCGUCAGUAA